UCAAAAGCCCAACUCUUGAGCGCCAAAGGUAUGGGUAAUGGGUUCUUCAAAAGGCUCAUAGAAGAGAGAGAAAGAGAAACACUCUGCGUUCAAUAUCUCUCUGAUCGUCUCUUUCUCUCUCUCUCUCUCUCAAAACCCUAGAAGACGAUCAUGAAGAGCAAGAAGCCAUUGCAGCAACUCAAGCUCUCAGUGCUCGGUCAAGAAACCAUAAUCACCAACUUCUUGACUGUGAGUGGCACAUUUCAUGAUGGCGAUUUGCUUUUGAACAUGAAAGGUUUGCGGCCUGUUACUGAAGAAAGCGAAUCUCGCCCUUCAGAAAGUAAUGAACUUGAUCUCCUGUUUUCACUAGAAGACCUUGAGACCAUCAAAGUCGUUAGGAAAGGAAGUGGUGGAGUAGUUCAGCUUGUUCGCCAUAAAUGGGUUGGAACAUUAUUUACCUUAAAGAUUUCAGUAAGAUCUUCAAAUUUAAAUUUGUUCACUUAGGAGGCAAUGAAGUCAAUACCAGGUGUAUGUAACACUCCCGGUUUCCCUUUCAUCAGAGGUGGAAGAAUGAGAAUUAUGAGUCUUCAUUAUUCUUUGUUAUGCCGAAGUUCUGGUCAGUAUUUUAAAGCAAAUUAUCAGUAAGAAAUGUGGCCUUGGAUGUUUUGCAUACGGUCUUAAUGGUGGCCUAAUGAGAGUCUUUUCCUUUAUGCACACCAAAUUUGAUUAUUUGGAUUUUGAUGCAUUAGCAGCUCCACAUUUUGUGUUGUGUUCGAUAUUUUCUGCUUGUGUAUUGCAGAUCAAUCAAAUUCUAGAAAUUUUCCUACAAAGGCAUGUAUAGAAUAGCCCGAUUUUUUAUUAUCAACAUAUGCACUUUGGUGCCCUACAUGUUGGCAAGAUUUAUUCUCCAAAUUGAUAAGAUUUUCUCUGGUUUUUAAUCUUAUUUUUGUGUUGUGUUACAUGUGUUCUUCUUUGAAUGAUGCCAUCUUAUCGCUUAAAUUUUUUGUCAUCUUAUCAGUCAUGAGGGCUCUCUACAACAAUCUUAAAAUGUAUCUAGAGAUAUCAAACAGAUGCUGAAGGAGCUUGGAAGUGAGAAAGGCAAAGAAAUUACAUUGCAUGGGGGAGGUGGAAACAAGAAGAAAAGAUAUGUUAUGGUUGAGAAACACCCCAAGAAGAAAGGAUACAUUCAGCUGAACUGUGAUAUAACUCCCAGGGCAUAUGAGAACUUCAUCACACUUUAUAAGCGUGGCUAUUACAAUGUAGUAGCUUUUCAUAUAAACAUAAUGUAUUGUGACAAAUAGUUUUAUGUCUGUCAAUUUAU